AUGAAAACGAUUUAUUUAUUCUAUUUAGCACCUGAAAUCUCAUCCUCAUCAUCUGUUCUACUUCUUCAAAAUUCAUCAUUAGAAAAUAGCAAUAAUAAAUUGUUAAUCAAUGAUGAAGAACGUGAUUCAUCAACUGAACACCAUAGUUGUGAUGAACGACCACGAAAAGUACGACGUAGUCGAACAACAUUUUCAACAUAUCAAUUACAUCAAUUAGAACGUUCAUUUGAAAAAACUCAAUAUCCAGAUGUAUUUACACGUGAAGAACUUGCUAUGAGAUUAGAUUUAAGUGAAGCACGUGUACAAGUUUGGUUUCAAAAUCGUCGUGCUAAAUGGCGUAAACGUGAAAAAGCUCUUGGACGUGAAAGCCCAAAGUUCAUGGGUCCACAUGACUUAGAAACAUUUCGUCAUCAAAUGUCAACAUAUUUAUCCAAUGCUUUAACAGGAUCUGUUAAUGGAACAAAUCCUAAUAAUAAUCAUAAUAAUAAUAAUGAUCGUCCACAUAUAGCAGUUCCUCCACCACAUUAUAUACCAUUUUUAAUGGGUCGUAUUGAUGAAAAAGUUUUACAACGUUUACCAACAACAGUUAAUCAUCCAAAUCUUGAUUUACUUUAUCAUCAUCAUUCAACACAAUUACCAAAUAUAAAUAUAUCAUCAGCAUCACCAACAUCAUCGUCAUCAUCAUCAUCAUCGAGUUGUUCAACAUCAGAUAUUCAUGAAGAUACAUCAUCUUAUUUAACAACAUUUGAUCAUCAUAGACGUGUAAAAUUAGAAAUACAAGAUGCAACUGCUUAA